AUGUCCUUCGAGGACGCGUCCGCCUGCAUGCGCUUGCCCUACUGCAAGAGGGUGCACUUGUUGUGUCUCUCUACCUUCCUCAUCUCGACUCUCCUGGCCACUGCAGUGUGGGCAAUCAACGUGUACCACGCCUCAAGGUUCUUCGUCCCUCUGAUUGUGGCCAUCAUCUUGCUGUCUAAGGCUGAAGGUGCACUGGUUCUUGCUACUCUCCAAGCUAUCUACAACAAGGCUACCGACCAUGAGAGCCACGAUAUGCCUACUUACUUGGCUGAUCCUGCCACUCCCAAUCGUGCUGGACUGUUCGAUCAAGCUCUCAUCCAUCCCGCCUUUCGCGACAGCAACCUUGGCUCUUCGAUUACGUCUCGCAACUUUCCUUUACCAAGGGAGCGUUGCUUGGAUGUUGUGCCUACCUGUGAUGCCCCUGCUAUCCCAGUUCCUCAUCCCUACGUCGCUACUGGCAUCCUCUCACGCACCUCGACUACCCACCGCCCUCUACNNCCCCCUCUCCCUGCCAAUCACGACGACCUUGGAGCACCUCUCCCUCACGUCGGAGAGGUCGAAGAUGUGACCAUUCUGCCACUCCGCAUCGAGAAGCGCGAGUCUGCUGUUGUUGGCACUGCUGUCAAGCAAUCGACCAAAGACGUAGAUGUCGAGUCUGGAAAGAAGUCUGGCCCAAAGCCCGGAGCCUUCGACAACACGCCUGUCCAGCCUACGUACAUGAGCCAGGCCGAGCGGAUCAUCACCGGAAUCGAGGCAGAACAGAAUGUCCAAGAAGCCGCCCCAUCGAUCCAAAGCAGUUCCCUUGGGAGCCCCAACACCGAGCUUCAAACCCCUCAGACUCCUACUCACCUGAUUACCCCUGCUAUUGUAGUCCAGGAGCCCACUCCUACCACCCCCAAGUUCAUUCAGUACCCCGCUCCGACUCUGGCUGGUAUCUCGACGAUUCGUCUGGUUAGUCCGUACCUGGAGCUCCCGUCAAUGACUGGCCAUGGCUCUCGGCGCAAAAGGUCAAUCGGAUAA